CAUCUGAUCCCCCUCCUUGGUAAUAUACUUAACCUUCCCUUCCCCCUCUGCCCUUGAACCUUAUACUCCCCAUCCCACCUCGCCCUACUGACUAUUUUACACAUCCCAUCUAAGAACAUCAUCAUCAUCAUCAUCCCCCAAAACCAUGCCAUCAUCAUCAUCACCAUCAUCCUCCCUCCCCCUCCCCCCAUCCAUAACCUCCCGCUUCAUCCCAACUACCCCCUCCCUAACCACCCACAUCCUCGAAUCCAACGCCCCCACAACCACCACUCCCUCCCCCCGCAAACUCAUCCUCCUCCUCCACGGCUUCCCCGAACUCGCCUACUCCUGGCGCCACGUCCUCCCCCAACUCUCCUCCCAAGCCGGCGCGGACUACCACAUCGUCGCCCCGGACGGGCGCGGGUUCGGCCGCACAACCGGCUGGGAAAGAGAUGCCCCCAACUACACCGACUCGAACCUGACCACAUUCACCGGGCUUUCCUUAGUCCGGGACGUGGUGAGCCUAGUCCAUGCACUGGGCUACACGACCGUGGAAUGCGUAGUCGGUCAUGAUGCGGGGGCCGUGACGGCUGCAUUUUGUGCUGUCGCUAGACCGGAUAUGUUCCGGAGUGUGGUGCUGCUAAGUCAUCCGUUUCCGGGGGUUCCGUCGCCUGUUAUUCCUCCGGAGAAGGAGAAGAAGAAGAAGGAAGAAGAUGAUAGGAAAGAAGGGGACAUACAAACCGAUCUCAAAAGCCUCGGCCUGAAACACUACAAAUGGUACUACUCCACCGAAAACGCAAGUCCCGAGAUGGAGAAUCCCGCUCAGGGUCUCCACGAUUUCCUACGGGGAUACUUCCACCUGAAGAGCGGAUGUUGGGAAGGCAAUAAUCCCUCCAAUAUGGGACCUAUCUCCUCGUGGACCGGGGAGCACUUAGCCAGAAUGCCGGGGUAUUAUAUCAUGCCGGUGGGGUUGAGCAUGCCAGAGACGGUGGAGGAGAUGAUGCGGCAGGCUGAUGCGCAGGGAGUGUCGCGGAGUAAAGAGUGGCUCAGUGAUGAGGAGUUGUCGGUGUAUGUUGGGGAGUUCGCCCGUACAGGGUUCCAGGGCGCGUUGAAUUGGUACCGGGUGAGGACGACGCCGGGGAGGCAAUAUACCUGGGAUUGGGAGGUGUUUGCGGGUAGGAGGAUUGAGAUUCCGUGUGCGUUUUGCUCCGGGGAGAGUGAUUGGGGGGUGUACCAGGAGCCGGGGGCGUUGGAGAAUAUGCGGAACGGAACGAGUUGUGGGGAUUUGAGAGAGGUGAGGUUGAUUCCUGGGGUGGGUCAUUGGGCGCCGCAGGAGAGGCCGGAGGAGGUGGUGGAGGUGAUUUUGGGGGUGGUGAGGGGGUUGUAGAUAUAUACCCACUAUAGUAUCAUGUUUGUGUAGUGAUGGGUAGAUGAAUAAUUCGUAGAUGUUUAGGCUUCUGGGUAUGUGGGAAAUUGAUUUGAUAUAUAGUUAUGUAAUGAGUUCCAAAUUACCAUAACACCAAUGGACAUUAAACAUGCAACUUCAUUGCAAAACAGAUCAUCGUUGGAUCACAGCCAAACGGAACAUGGGUAUAAGGAGAGUGUAAGGGUAUGUAUGGUAGGUAUGUGCCAAAUGACCAU